ACGCGUUGCUGGCGGACGCGGUCACGCUCAAUUUGCGACCAGCAUGUACAGUGAUCCAAUAGUACAACCACUUCAACACAGCCCAACGGGCAGAAUACCACCAAAUCAAUCACGACCAUCAGGAUAUCUGUUUCCUUUUACCUGUUUUGCGCAAUACGAACCCUACGACUUUCCAUCUCUGCUUUUGACGAUCUAAGACGGUAUGGCUGCUACACCUAUCCAGAAGGAUGACGUGGCUCCUCCCGGAAAGCUACAACGAGAAAAACGUCGCAAGACUGCCACCCAAGGACCUCUUAAUAUUAGACGAGACGCGCCCGCUACCCGCAACAAAUAUGCUAAACCUAAGAGCCACGAGCAAGACGUCGGCCAAGUGCAGCCGCAGCCUAGCGGAGACGCGCUUGAUGACAUCGAUCCCAGCUCUAGAGAAGACGUUGCGAUUGACGACUUCAUCGACCAUCGCGUUGACACCGUCAAUUCGACCGUCGACAUCAAAGUCCAGUGGGAGGGCGGCGAAACCACCUGGGAAUCAGAAUGGAGUCUA